GUAAAAUAGGGCGUUCUGGAGACUCCCUCAUUCAUUUGCAGACAAAUCGCUAGUCUUAAAGACGAAGGCGUAGCGUAACGUAUCCAUAAGAGAGCCUGAAGAAAAAAGGGUGUUUCGACUUGAUCCGAGUCUGAGAGCAGGAUAGUCCCACUGUGCGCAGAAAGUGGGCUCUGUCUGCGUAAAGAUCCACAGUCUCCAGAGAUAGGCUGAAAUUUACAUUGGCAGAGUUUUUUUUUUUUUUUUAAACCGCCCUAACCUUAUUUGAUUGCUCAUGCUUGCAACUGAUGAGGAAUUUAAUUAAAAGUAGCUUUUAAGAUAUGGCCAAGUUAUUCCGAGCUGCUAUCAUGGGUCCACCGGGAUCAGGGAAAGGAACGAUAUCCCAGAGGAUUGCGCAAAGUUUUGGCCUGCAGUAUCUGUCCAGUGGUCAUUUUCUACGAGAGGGCAUAGCGGCAAAAACAGAGGCAUGCUUGCUGGUGAAGACCUAUGUAGAGAGAAGCAUGCUGGUGCCUGACCAUGUGAUGACCAGAUUGAUGCUGCCCAGACUGGAACAGCUGAGCGGUCACAGCUGGCUGCUGGAUGGUUUCCCCCGCACACUCGGACAGGCUUUGGCCCUCAACAAUUUGUAUCAGCUAGACUUGGUUAUCAGCCUAAACAUCCCCUAUGAGACUCUCAAGGAGAGACUGAGCGACCGCUGGAUCCAUCCAGCCAGCGGCAGAGUCUACAACAUGGGCUUCAACCCUCCCCGAGUGCAGGGUAAGGAUGACAUCACAGGAGAGCCACUGAUUCAGCACGAUGACGACAAGCCGCAGGCUCUGAUGGCCAGACUGAGACAUUACAAAGAUGUGGCAAAACCCGUAAUUGAUUUGUACAAGUCACAAGGAAUCCUGCACUCAUUUUCCGGUACAGAGACAGACCGGAUUUGGCCUUAUAUCAAUUCUCUCCUCAGCACCAAGAUGCACACACAGCCAUCAGAUACCUGCCAAGCUCAGACACCAUGAGUCUACCCCGAAUGAACAAAAAACCAAGGGGAAGGGGGGGAAGAAGUGCAGUGGUGCCUUUAUGUACUGGCCUGGUGUCAGCUUUCGGUUUGGCCAUUAAGAGUGAACUUUAUCAAAUCAAAUCAAAUCAAAUCACUUUUUAUUGUCACAUCACAUGUGCAGGCACGCUGGCACAGCACAUGCGAGAACAAUGGACCAGGUCACUGACACACGUUUCUCAUUGACUGUCCAGUUUUCCAAAUGAAAGAUUGUAUGACAAUUUUCAAAGACUUAUAGAAUGAAGAUUGUGACAAAUUCAGAUUCAGAAUCCUGACAGUAAAACAUUCAAGAUCGUUCAAGUGUGCUAAAAACCAAAAUGCUUAAACAUCCAAAUUCUGCACAACACUUUCAUUAAUCAGUUUAUCACACAUGAAUUUUGAUCUUCAGUUGCUCCGGUCCAACCACUGAAUGAGCCAAUAUGCAAAAAGUAAACACUAAUGUCUGAUUUUUUUUUAUAGUAAAACCAAAAAACGAUGGGGGAAAAUAAUACUCACAUGAUUAAAAACACUUACAGUUUUUUAAAUAUAAAUCACAACAUAAAAUAUCACCACAUUAUUGCCUAGAAAACACACACGAAGAGUAAAUAUUCUCAUGCCAUUGCUUUAACUGAGCAAUAGUAAAGUUCAUCAUCGCCCCUUAUAUGAAAACAUCAUUUGAGUCAUUUUUUUUCUUAUACACUAGAAACCUGUUAAAGCCUGUGUGCUACAUGCAAAGUCAUCUGUUACAUACAGAACAGUUUUUUAUUUAAAUGUAUUUGUGAUUGUACACUAUAGCCAUCAGUUACACAGACAGUGCAAGCUGUAACAAACUGCUAAUCUUUUUUGCUGAAAUGCUGUUAACUUUGGUCUGCAGUCAUCUUUGGACUUGUACAAGAAUCCUGUACAGUGACUCAGCGGCACUGGGAUGAAGAUCAGUGCCUUCAGUAUUGUUACAUUCCUUAAAACAUGCCAUAAGGUUGCCUUGAGAUUCUGAUCACCAAAAUGUGAUAUUUUUGGUAUGCUGCAAUGAUUUUGCAGUGAUUGUUCAGCUAAAUACUUUUAUGAUUCUGAUAUGGUCAUAGAUGCAAAGAUGUUCUCAUGUCUGGAUUGUUUGAAUGUAUAAAUCAGUGCUGCAGGGUGAACAAAAUAUAGUAGGUCUUUGCAGACUUUGCUUUGUAGCUUUUUUUGUUUCAUGUGAUUGUUUGAAAGUCGCAGUGAUUAUUCACAAAACAGAAUAGCUUAUGAAAUGAUGACUAAGACAGUAAUUUAGCCACACUAAUAACUAAAACACAUCCAUCAUCAAGUAUGUUUCUAAAAUAUUUGUUGUAGCUCUGUUAGUGCUGUCCAACCAUUUUAAAAACUUGUAUGUAAAUUAGCACCUGUUUUAUUCAUUGCAGCACAUUUCCCAUGAGCUUCUCUUUGUUUUACAUCCCAGGUUUGUAAUUUUUUUUCUUCCAUUAUCUGUGUUUUGAUUGUAUGGGUAUGUUGUACAUUUGAUUUAAAAGUAUUAUGAGUUGACUCUCAUAUUGUAACCAGAAGACCAAAGAGGAAGUAAACAUGAGAGUGCAACAGAGCCUGGGGAAGGAGCAAAAUAAAUUGAUACAUGUUUGCUAAUGUAGGACAAAUCCAGACUCUUAGAGGGAAGUGGGUUUAGAUUGUGCUGUGUAGGACUGAAUGCUUCUUAAAUGAAUGGAUGUGGCAAUGGGUUUUUGCCCUGUGUUCAUAAAGUGUUGUCAAAACAUGUUAGGCAUGUUAAAUCUGUUUUUCCAGCUUUCAUUCAUUCAGUCAGCUUUCAUUGUUUUUCUCUGCGAUUAAGCCAGUACUUGCUUGGCAACAUGCACUUGUGCACAACUAGAUACGUUUCUUAAGCUCAUGCAAUAUUGUGUAACAGACCUAGGAGAUAAUUAAAUGAAUGACAAUAAUGGGUGUACAAACACACACCUUGUGUGUACAGUGCGUUCUUUAAACUGUUUCUCUACUUAAUAAAGAGGGCUGUGUGACCACAACAACUUAUGCAAUAGCUACUCCUAGGACUUAAAUACAGUGCACGCUUCUGUCUA